AUGGUGGUAUGUCUCAUCGUGUAUCUCACGGAGAGGAGACACCUCAAGAUGAAAAGGCUGUACGAAUUGUCUGACAGAAUAAAAAGCUCGUACAAAGCUCUACCGUUUAUAGGACAUGCGUAUAUGGCCUUAGGUUCCAAUCAAGAUCGAAUGAAUGCUCUCAAGAAAAUGUCAUCUGAGGCAAUGAACAGCGAGUACGGCGUAACUGGGGUCUGGAUGGGAAUGAACUUCUACGUAGUGGUUGCAGAUCCCGUGGUUGCAGAAGUACUUACGAAACUGGUACUCGGGAAGUCCAAAAUGAAGGCCUUUCAUGACAUCACUGGAAAAUAUGGAUCUAUUUUUGCACCGAUCGCGAUAUGGCGGAGUCACAGGAGGAUAGUAUUACACAGCUUCAGCGAGAAGCGCCUGCGCAUGUACACGAGCAUAUUCGUCAAGCAGAGUCAUUUCGCGCUCGACGAGCUGGAACCUCUGGCCGGGAUCGGACCGAUCUCUCUGUGGGACCAUAUGCUCAGAUAUGCCAUGACGUCGGUCAGUCAAACUUUAUUUGGGAUAGAUAUUGUGGAUUUGGAGGAGCAUGAAUUAUUUCUAAACGCGUUUGCGACGUUUUUAAAGUAUGUGGCAGUCAAGAUGUGCCAGCCCUGGUUCCGGUCUGACAUCGUAUUCAGGAGUAUGCCAAUCUAUGGGAAAAUGGAAAAGCAGAAACGUAUAAUUCUUAAUUUCAUUGAGAAGGCAAUUCAAAAGAAACAGAUGGAGUCACCACCAAGAAACGCAAACCCAAACAGCGUGAUGGAAAUGCUGAUGGAGACUUCCCGCAGUUUGAACCAGCCGUUCAGCUUGGAGCAGUUGCGGGACGAGCUGGUGGUGCUGUUCCUGGCCAGCACCGACACCAGCACCGUGGCAGUCUGCUUCACUUGUCUCAUGCUGGCCAUGCAUCCUCAGUGUCAGGAGAAGACGUACCAGGAAAUAGAAGACGCAUUAAAGGAUGUCCCUACCGAGGAGUUAUCGGAGUCGCAUCUCGCCAAACUGAAAUAUUUGGAUGCGAUGCUCAAGGAGACUCUGCGGCUGUGUCCACCGGUACCUAUCAUUGGUAGAAAAGUUGAAGAGGAUGUUGAAUUACCAAACGGUUUGACAGUAGUACCAGGUUGCGAGGUUCUUAUAAGCGUGUGGAGUAUCCACCGCAACCCCAAGUACUGGGGCAAAGACGCGGAGCAAUUCAGACCAGAAAGAUUUUUAGAAACAUCUACGCGACCAAAAUCUUCCUUUAUGGCAUUCGCAUACGGACCACGAAACUGUAUAGGAUAUCGCUUCGCGUAUAUGUCAACGAAGAUUAUACUAAUAUCUUUGUUGCGAAGAUUCACAAUACUACCCCCGACAGACCAAACUCCAUUUGAAUUAAAAUUGAAGUUUAACGUUAUGUUGAAAGAUGCUAACAAUUUCCAAGUACAGUUAAAACGAAGAGCGUCUACCAGCAAGUAG